CCCUGGUGCCCGCGUACCUUGGAUCUGGCAGCGCGGUGAUGUGUGCGAAGAUGAUGGGAGGCCAGCACCGUCGCCCGGCCCUUAUCGAUUGUCUGGAGUGAAACGCCAGCUCUUCUACUACCUCGCGCCCACGCCUGCAGGCCUUGACAAUUUCCCCUACGCUCCUGCUGCUGCUCCUCCGUCCGAACAAGAUCACUCCAGCUGCACUGUGUUGUACACGGCCGCCCUCCUGCGUCACGCUCUCCACUCUACCUAUUCACCGAAUGUUGGCUUGACCGCUCCCGCCACGACACCUAACAUAUACCGCCUCGCGCCUGCUCUCCCCCAUCGUCCUUCCUCUGCGCUUGGCACAACCUCACACUCUCUCCCUCUGCCGCUGGCACACUCCUACCGCAGCUCGACCAUCGCUUGCACUCUCACCCACCAUGCCUCGCUAUACCACAACGACGCCCGACUCCAAGGCGUUUCCCUUCCGCCAGCUAUUUGUACUGGGACUAUGUCGGAUAUGCGAGCCCAUCGCUUUCAUGUCCAUCUUCCCGUACAUCUACUACAUGAUCGAAUCAUUCCACAUCACCGACGACCACAAUCGAAUCGCUCUUUACGCCGGCCUCGUCACUUCUGUCUUUGCAGCUGCAGAAUGCCUGGGUGCUGGCUUCUGGGGCAGCCUCAGCGACCGACUCGGACGCAAACCCAUCCUCCUCACCGGCCUGGCUGGCACCGGCAUCAGCAUGCUCAUGUUCGGCUUCGCACCAAACCUUCCCGUGGCAUUGCUUGCUCGAGCACUCGGCGGAGCAUUGAAUGGAAACAUUGGCGUGCUGCAAACCACCGUCAAUGAGGUCGUCAAGGUGGAAGCGCACCAAGCACGUGCCUAUGCAAUCAUGCCAACGGUCUGGUGCAUGGGCGCUUUCGUGGGUGCUGGUCUGGGCGGUGCCCUCGCCGAUCCCGUGCGCAACUACCCAGACAUGUUCCACGAGGGAACGAUAUUCGCCAAAUUCCCAUACCUCCUCACCAACUUGGUUUGCACCGCGGUCGUCGUGUUCAGCAUGGUCGUCGGAAUCUUGUUCCUCGAAGAGACGCACGAAGAUCUCAAGGACCGCAAAGACGUCGGGCUGGAAAUUGGCAAUUGGAUACUCGCAAAGAUUCAGCGCAAACCAGUGGAAUGGCUUUCGACUCGCAAGGGUGAAAUGUCCGAGGAGACAAUGAUGUUGAUCGACGAUCAACCCCCGGACUACCGAAGCACCGCAUCCUCUCCAGAACUUACACCUACGAGUGUCGAGGGUCUCCCACCUCCAGCAUACCGCUCCAUCGAUGCAUCGCCGCGAACUUCUUUGACCAACGACGAACUGGCUCUCCAAAGAGACGUGGAGGAGGCGCUUGCACACGACGAAGAAGAGCAGAAAACAAAGUCCGCCAUCGCGAAUGCGUUUACACGACAGGUGAUCCUGAACAUUACAGGAUACGGUAUCCUGGCAUAUCACACCAUCUCCGCCGAGCAGCUUCUUCCCGUACUUCUCAGUAUGCCGAAAUCCGAUGCGGCACCACAGCUACCGUUUAAGUUCACCGGAGGCUUCGAGCUAUCGACAAAGACAAUUGGCGGCAUUCUCUCCGUUCAAGGCAUUAUUCAGAUGAUUGCCACGAUCCUCAUCUUUCCCAUUGUCAACCGAAAGAUUGGCAGCCUAUGGACUUAUCGCAUGGUCGUCAUGUCCUACCCGUUCCUGUACUUCAUGGUACCAUAUCUCUCGCUCGCUCCGGAUUCCCUCAAACUUCCACUGGUCUACGUCGCACUGGUCUGGAAAGUCACAGCACAGGCAUUCGCGUUCCCCUCCAGCAGUAUCAUGUUGGCCAAUUCGGCACCAUCCAGCAAAGUCCUCGGCUCGUUGAACGGUGCAGCUGCAUCGGCCGCGAGCGCGUGUCGAGCGUUCGGUCCUACCGUUUCUGGAGUUCUCCAAGCGGCAGGUCUCUCACUGGGCACUCUUGGUUUGCCUUGGUGGGUCAAUGUGCUGGUUGCAGCAAUCGGCAGCAUCAUCAGCAUGUUCAUGGUCGAAGAGAAGCGACGCACCUUCGUCUCCGAGAAGGAAACCCCGGAACCACCACCGACCGCAUCCGACAUUGCGAACGCCGCCGAGUACGGCUCAGGCAUGGCCGUUGCCGAAGACGCCAACGUUUCCCCCGACGCCCUGCCCAGCUCGCCGCUCCUCAUCCGAUUCUCUCUCGACAUCCGAAGAGAUCACCGCACCCGCUCCGACAGCAAAUCGUAGGCCUGGUGCCACGCUUGAACGUUACAGAACAUGGAUUUCACGCGAGUACUAUCUGUUCAUAUACGACAUCACUGGGAGGUUUUUUCUGAGCGACUUUUGGUAUGCCUACUUUAGGGGCGGAGCAUCAAUAUUAAGGGCAGGCUGCCGACUCACGUUGGAUCGGUGUUUUAUGAGGGAUUCUGCUUGAACCCAUUUGCGGGAUUCACUUUUUAUGGGAGGCAGUUUGGGCGACUUUGACAUUUUUUCUUGUUGCAAUGGGCAAUCGAAAGCAUGGGAACAGGCGCUAGAUGAUACCCUUUGGCAGUAGACGGCCCCACUGAGCGGGCCCUUUGGAAUUUUUCUCUUGUACGCAGACGGAAUGGGGUGGAAAAGGAAUAGGUAGCGAGGUGGGAAAGCGAUGGAUAGAUUCUGAUCGCUACCAGACACAGGCAUAAUUGGCGG